AUGAGGUCAGCACCAGAAGAGCCAGUCCCAUUACAUGAAGAAUUUAUCUACUGUUGUGGAGCUGCUACCCAUGUCUUAAAGUGUGGGCCCUGGAAAGACCUCUCAAAAGAUGAAAGUAAAAAUCUACCCAGGCUCUUAUUCAUGAUUAUUCCUGGUAACCCUGGACUGGCAGGUUACUACAGGACCUUUAUACAGGCCUUAUAUUGUGGACUGAAUCAGCAGUAUCCCGUUUGGGUUGUGAGCCAUGCUGGACAUUGUAAACCUCCUAGUGGUAUGGAAAUGAUAGAAG